GGCCCACUCUUACGACAUGUGACUUUACUGUUUUCCGUUUUUGUUGAAAGAGUCAUUAACAGUUAGGAGUUGAUGGCAGUUUCAAUAACAGGUCAUUGCCGAGAAAAGGAUAGCACUAUAAUAUGCAGAAAUCUACGAAUUCUGAUACUUCCUUGGAAACACUGAAUUCUACCCGCCAAGGCACAGGAGCUGUGCAAAUGAGAAUCAAAAAUGCCAACAGCCACCAUGACAGGCUCAGCCAAAGUAAAUCCAUGAUCCUCACCGAUGUCGGGAAGGUCACUGAACCUAUAUCCCGACAUAGAAGGAAUCAUUCACAGCAUAUCUUGAAAGAUGUCAUUCCUCCAUUGGAACAACUGAUGGUUGAAAAAGAAGGUUAUCUGCAAAAAGCUAAAAUUGCAGAUGGAGGAAAGAAACUAAGGAAAAACUGGUCUACUUCCUGGAUUGUUCUUUCUAGUCGAAAAAUUGAAUUUUACAAAGAAUCCAAGCAACAGGCUCUGUCCAAUAUGAAAACUGGGCACAAACCAGAAAGUGUGGAUUUGUGUGGAGCACACAUUGAAUGGGCCAAGGAAAAAUCGAGCAGAAAGAAUGUCUUUCAGAUCACAACAGUAUCAGGAAAUGAGUUCCUUCUACAGUCAGAUAUUGACUUCAUCAUAUUGGAUUGGUUCCACGCUAUCAAAAAUGCAAUUGACAGAUUGCCAAAGGAUUCAAGUUGUCCAUCAAGAAACCUGGAAUUAUUCAAAAUCCAAAGAUCCUCUAGCACUGAAUUGCUAAGUCACUACGACAGUGAUAUAAAAGAACAGAAACCAGAGCACAGAAAAUCUUUAAUGUUCAGACUGCAUCACAGUGCUUCCGAUACAAGCGACAAAAAUCGAGUUAAAAGCAGAUUAAAGAAGUUUAUUACCCGAAGACCUUCCCUGAAAACUCUGCAAGAAAAAGGACUUAUUAAAGAUCAAAUUUUUGGCUCUCAUCUGCACAAAGUGUGUGAACGUGAAAAUUCCACAGUUCCGUGGUUUGUAAAGCAAUGCAUUGAAGCUGUUGAGAAAAGAGGUCUAGAUGUUGAUGGAAUAUAUCGAGUUAGUGGCAAUCUGGCAACAAUACAGAAGUUAAGAUUUAUUGUCAACCAAGAAGAGAAGCUGAAUUUGGACGACAGCCAGUGGGAGGACAUCCACGUUGUCACCGGAGCACUGAAGAUGUUUUUCCGGGAGCUGCCUGAGCCGCUCUUCCCUUACAGUUUCUUUGAGCAGUUUGUGGAAGCGAUUAAAAAGCAAGACAACAACACAAGAAUUGAAGCUGUAAAAUCUCUUGUACAAAAACUCCCUCCGCCAAAUCGUGACACCAUGAAAGUCCUCUUUGGACAUCUAACUAAGAUCCAGACACACCAUGAAAGCGGUUUCAAGUUACAAGUAAAUACUGGAGUGCUUAUCUCAGUAACUUUAACUGGACAAAGUCAUAAAACAAAUGGAAAAGUAUACCCUUUAAUGCUAUGCAAUACCUUGUCUUAAAGUUCUUGAGAAAUAUCCAUUACUCUGUCCCAAUUAUUCCCUUUUUUUCAACUUAAGGAAUAGCUAUAAAAUAAAGAAACUAAGAGUCAGCUAAAUCCUCCUUCAAAUAAAAUAAAUAAAACACACAGAAGAGAAUCUAUCUAGUUAAAAACCUUCAAAGGAUGACGAUCGUCCAUGUCCAGGCCACAUAAUCCCAGUUUUAACAAUUAAUGCCUGAUCCUGUUUUUUACAUCCAAGUUAAUUUCCUAAUCUUGUCAGAACUUUCAUUUAGUUCAAUAGAGAUGGAAAUAGAUGUUUUAAAUUAAGAUUUAAGAUCAGAUUAUUAUAUCACUUCACAGUAUUCACAUUUUAAGAUUGAUUAUUAUACAUGGGAAGAAGUGUUGUUUGCUAGCCACCAACCUUUCUUGGGUGGUAUGACUAUAUUUCACCCUGUACCAAUUUAUAAACUGGGUUUAAUUGUGCACGAGUGUGUGCACACAAUUAUAUCUUGUUAAGCAUUUUUUUGCUAAGUUUUUGAUAAACAGCCAAUCGUGGCGUGUCAUCAAAGCCUGAGAAGACUAAAUAAGAAGAUUGUUUAACAGGAAUUUAAAUAUAUUCAUGUUUGAAAGAAUCAUUAGAAUGUUUUCCUUAGUCUUGAUGCAUUUGGUAGUUCUUCAGAAAAUCUAUCGUCAACCCUUGUAUGUAGUGUUUAUUCCAAAUUGUUGCAAAUAUAUAUAUUUUGAAGUUUGUUUAGUGAGGGUCAGGGAAUGUAAUGAAGUGCCAAAAAUUCCACUUGACCUACGUACUCUACAGUCAACAGAAAAGCACUCCAUUUUUGCAGAGCUCUGAGUUAAAUGCACUCCUCAAAGCAGAUCAGCUAUCAACUGGGAAAGCUUAAUGCAGCACAGUUGGACUAGAAGGUAAAUGCAAAUCCUAUCCACAAAAACCAGAAUUUUUAAAGGAUUGUGAUUAUAUUAAGCGUAAGGUUGCACAAUGGCUGCACAGGCUGACUAGUCUCAGAGUCCAGAGUCUUCAUUCUUAAUCAAACUCAAGGUCAAGUUCUAUGCAUCUGCUAUCAUAGCUUAAGACCAGGAAUUCGGAAUAAGCUAUCAUCUCAAGAUCCCGUCAGCCAGAAACCUUUAUUAAUAGCCAUUUUCACAAAUUGACAUUACAGUGAUAGGCCCUGGAAGGUCCUCUGGUACCUUCUGAAUCAUCAUAUAAAUGGCAAAACUGUCUCUAUAAAAUACAAGUGUCAAAUGCAUUUUCCUAUAGCCUGCUUCUUUGGAAAGGCAGAGAGGCAGAGUGAAGAUGAAGUUAAUGGGAAGGAGGACCUAGCAAGAUGGUUUACUUGCUGAUGGAUACUAGCUGGUGGUUGAGAGCCAGUAAAGGGGUUAAAUAAUAACUAGGGAAUCAUUAACCUUUUAUGAACCAGAAAAUUGCAUGAUGUGCUCAGUAUUAAUGUAAGAGUCAUCUGACAGCAGAGUAUAGGAUGAAAGAGGUAGAAAGAGGAGAGAACCCAGGAGGUCCCAGGGGAGUUGCAAUUGGAUUGGAGUGAUGGAUGUCAAAAGGAAAGUAAUGGCCAAAAUCUUGAGAUUUUUCAAAGGAAAAGUCCACACAGUUUUCAUUUGUCUCCCAUAUCCAGUCAGCCAUAGAGAUACAUCUGAGAUUUCAAUGAUAAGUACUUAUGAAAAUAGUCCCCCUGAUAGCAUUAUUUUUAAAAGCAAAAUGAGAUAUUGUUUAGAAGGGUGCUCUUUUCUCUGUUUUCCAAAAACAGACAUGGGAAAGAAGAUGAUGAGGUUGUAGCAAACUAAUGAAAUAGGAAGAAUCCGAUUUUGGCAGGUGUGUAUUAAUCAAGGCCUCUAUAUGCUGCUGGUUGGGAUGGACAGCCAACAUAUCGGAAAACCCGUAUAUGCAAUGUAUCUCGAGAAUGCAGACUUUUCAAAGUUUCAUACCUUUAAAACCAGUCACAUAGAGGUGAAAAGUUUAUGCAGAUAAGAUUGUCCAUGGUAGCACUGUUUGCAACAGUGAACAUUUGGAAACAAUGUAAGUGUUCAGUGACAGGGGAGGGUUAUGUAGAACGGGAUACAUCAUAUUGCCUUAGUAAAGUGUAGUUCAUGGUUUUUAUUUUCUUUCUGCUUCAACUUGGAGAAAUGCUGUGUUAAAUGUUAAAUAAAAUCAGAGAUACAGUCUUUUGCAUACUCAAAGAGAGCAUAAUUAUAAAUAUGGGGGAAAAAGUUGUGAAUGUAGAAAAGACUAUAAAAAUAUUUACUAAAAUGUUGAU